AUGAAUAGUAGACGUCUAAUCUCUGCCGGAGCAGCAUGGUUGGUGAGGCAGCUUUCUACGGCUGCAGAGACAGUGGCGGCGGGUUCGACGGCAAAUGGAACGCGGCUCUAUCGGAGGCUCUCUGCUUUGGGAGCUACUGGAGGCAGCGUGUCGAAGACGUUAAACGAGUACAUCAUGGAGGGUAGAAUCGUCAAAAAAUUCGAACUUGAGCGAUGCAUCAAGGAGCUUCGCAAGUACCGCAGAUUCCAGCAUGCCCUUGAGAUAAUGGAAUGGAUGGAGAUGAGGAAAAUUAAUUACUCUUUCACUGAUCAUGCAUUACGUCUGGAUCUUAUAUGCAAAACCAAAGGGGUAGACGCAGCUGAGAAUUACUUUGACAACCUCCCAUCAAAUGCAAAGAACCGAUUAACUUUUGGGGCUCUUCUGAAUUGCUAUUGCAAGGAAAAUAUGGAAGACAAAGCAUUGGCACUUUUUCAGAAGAUGGAUGACUUAAAUUUUGUUUCCAAUUCUUUGGCUUUCAACAAUCUCAUGUCUCUGUAUAUGAGAAUGGGCAAACCUGAAAAAGUUCCUCCGCUGGUACAAGAAAUGAAACAGAGAAACAUCUUUCCGUGCAACUUUACUUACAGUAUCUGGAUGCAGAGCUAUUCAUCCUUGGGUGACAUUGAAGGAGUAGAAAGAGUAUUAGAGGAGAUGAAUAAGGGAGACCAUGACAAAUGCAAUUGGAAAACUUAUACUAACCUUGCCGCAAUUUAUGUUAAAGCUGGGCAUUUUGAGAAAGCUGAUCUUGCUCUUAAAAAGCUGGAGGAAGAGACAAGACCCCGAGGACGCCAAGCAUACCAUUUCGUGAUUAGCCUCUAUGCUGGCACUGGCAAUCUAAACGAGGUUAAUAGGGCAUGGGAAACCCUGAAAUCAAUAUAUCCAGAAACCAACAAUUUGAGCUAUCUUGUUUUGCUUCAGGCUCUUUCAAAGCUAAAUGACGUUGAGGGCUUGAAGAAGUACUUUAAGGAAUGGGAAUCUAGUUUCUCCUUUUACGAUAUCAGGUUAGCAAACGUUGCUGUAGGUACUUACCUCCGCAAUGAUAUGUACAAAGAAGCAUCGGCGGUGUUUGAGGAUGCCACUAAGAGGACUAAAGGGCCUUUCUUCAAGGCUAGGGAAAUGUUCAUGAAUUACUUCUUGAAGUUUCGUCAGGUUGAUUCUGCUCUUAGCUUUAUGGAAGCUGCUAUUUCUGAAGCCAAGGAUGAUGAUUGGCGUCCAUCACCAGCAGUAGCAAGUGCAUUUUUGAAGUAUUUUGAGGAAGAGAAGGAUGUUGAUAGCGCUGAACAAUUCUGCAAAAUUUUGAGGCGUUUUAACUGUCUCAAUUCUAAUGCUUAUCAUUUGUUGCUGAAGACAUACUUAGCUGCUGGGAAACUUGCUCCAGAGAUGCGUCGGAGGUUAGAAGAGGAGGAUAUUGAAAUAAGUGUUGAGCUUGAGAGCUUGCUUCAAGGAGUGUGCCCCAAGUAGAUUAGUGCUUAAGCAAAUAUUCAAUAGAUGCCUAAAUCAUCUCCUAGAGAAGGAAACGAAUUCGUUCUAGGAUUUUGACCAGCCAAAAGGAAAGCAAAUUAUUAUAAUCUAUUUUUACCCCCCAAAAAAAGUCUUUAUUUCAUUAAUUUAUUAGGUUUUUCAAAUUUUGUAAAUUUUAUGAGUCUUUGUUGUAGUUAAUAUUUUCUGCUUGGCCAUGACAAGAUUAGCCGCCAUGAAACUUUCAGAUGAAGAUAUUUUCUUAGAUGAAAGUCAUUAAAAUUUUUGUGUCUCA